UGUUUUUCAAUUAUUGCAAUCACUUAUAAAAUAUGAGUUUAAUACUAAUAAUAUCAACAAAUUGUGUGAAAUUGUGGCCAAAAAACACAUCAAAAACUUUUUAUUCAAUUAAAUCACAAUAUUUUCAUACAUUAAAUAUUACACAAUUGAAGUCAUGCGCCGGUAUUUACCGACAAUUGUCGGUCCAAAAUGUGACCAAAUUUUUUGCGUCCGCCAAAUAUGUCAACAAAUGUAGUAAUAAUAAGAUAGAAAUGGUUUGCAAAAGAUAUUUAAGUGAAGACCGAUCACCGGAUGAGUCCAAGAGUAACAAAACCCCACUUUUAAUGGCAUUCAAUCCAAUAGUUUUGCCAAACCUUUGGUUUAAAUGCAAAAACUUUAUUACAAUUAAUACAAUAAUUCGUCCGUUUUUUGACAAUGACUUUACUAUAGAUAAGUUGAUGACUGGAACCAAACAGGCUUUGGUUCAUAUAUCCAAUCGUUUAGCCGACGGUGACUUGGAUUCACUCAAUGGUCUGGUCAGUGAUGAGGCAUUGGAUGAGAUCCGACAAAACUACCCGAAAUUGGACGCCAGUCAGAGACAAGAUUUGCGGAUCGAUUUGAAUGACAUUAUCUAUUCAUUUGUUCACACAAUCGGAAUCAUUAUGAAUGACAACAAUGAUCGUUGGGUGGAAAUAACAGUUGUCUUCUAUUGCUUAUAUAAAUAUCAGUCACUCAAACAACAGCCUAAUCUAUCAUUUGAAGAGUUUAAAGAAAAAUUUGGUACAAAUAUUAUUAUUUGUAACUAUAGAUUUAUUCGUGAGUACACUAAAGGUGUUGAAAGUGAGUGGACAGUCAACCAAUUGGGACACUUCCACAAUAAGGGAACCAUUGACUGAUCGUUAACAUUUGAACUCAGUUUUUUAAUUAUAAAUAUUUGAAAAUAAUUGUUAAAUACGGUA